AUGGAGUACGCCUCAAGCACGAGCAGGCUCUGCUGCUGGCUCGCCGCCCUCGUCCUGCUCUCUUGCUGCCCCAGCCCAACGGCGGCGGCACCCGGCGGCCGGAAGCUGCUCGAGAUCAGCCUGGCGCAGCAGUUCGUGGUGCCGCAGACCCACCUGCGCGCCAUCCAUGGCCUGCGCCCGCUCAAGUGGAGCAGCGACCUGGCGGACCAGGCGGCGCGGUGGGCCGGCGGGUUCACGCGCGACUGCGCGGCCCCGUCGACGUCCGGCGUCAACGUGUUCCGCGGCGUAGGGGAUGUCGGGAGGACCUGGCAGCCGAGCGACGCCGUGGCGGCGUGGGCGGAGCAGGCGAGCCACUUCGACUUCGGCGCCGGCGCGUGCGCCAUCGGGAACAUGUGUGCGCAGUUCGAGCAGCUGAUGUGGCGCAUGAGCACGCAGGUCGGCUGCGCCACCGUGCAGUGCGCCUCCGGGGAGACGCUCAUGACAUGCCACUACUGGCCUCGGGGCAACAUCAUGGGCCAGAGGCCAUUCUGA